UUCAUUUCAAUUUGGUGUUCCAGAUGGACGAAAAUUCAAAACCCAAAAGUGUUCUUGAUUCACUAGGUGAAGAAAUAGUGAGAAUAAUAACACCAGUUUCAAUUUGCAUGCUCUUAGUGGUCAUUCUUGUUACAGUACUCAAUAAUGACACAGAUUCAUCAAACCCCUCAUUUACCUCAAUAGCCACCGUGGCUUAUAAUGAAAGUAGCUCAGACUCAAAUUGGGACAAAUUAAAAGGUGCCCUUUUGAAUGCUUUGGUCUUUGUUGUUGUUGUCACUGUUGUUACAUUCCUUUUAGUGUUGCUUUUCUACUUUAGGUGUACUAAAUUCUUGAAAUAUUAUAUGGGGUUUUCGUCUUUUCUUGUUUUGGGAUUCAUGGGUGGUGAAAUAGCUAUUUUCUUGAUUGGGAAGUUUAGGGUGCCUAUUGAUUGUGUUUCGUUUGGUUUGAUUUUGUUUAAUUUUACAGUUGUUGGGGUUUUGGCUGUGUUUAUGUCGAAGAUGGCGAUUGUUGUUACUCAAGGGUAUUUGGUUGUUAUUGGAGUGUUGGUUGCGUAUUGGUUUACGAUGUUGCCUGAAUGGACUACUUGGGUGCUUUUGGUAGCGAUGGCAUUGUAUGAUCUUGCAGCUGUUUUGUUGCCCGGUGGGCCUUUAAGGUUGCUUGUUGAGCUUGCGAUGUCUAGGGAUGAAGAUAUUCCGGCUUUGGUUUAUGAGGCUCGCCCUGUUAUUGAUCGUGAGUCGGUUCCAAGGGGUGGUUUUGUGCAAAGGAGAGUGUGGAGAGAAAGACGGGAGACUGAAUUUGGUUCCGAUGAAAAUUUGGAUUCUAGGUCUAACUUGAAUUCAAAUGUUAAUUCUAUUUCGGAAUCACGUUCUGUUCUUGAAGGGCAUCCACUGUACGGUAGUGAUGAGAAUGAGAGGAAUGCGGUUGAUAUGGAGGAUGGUCAGGUUUCAAGAGAAGAUUCUGAGCUGGCUGCACCGCUAAUUCAGCAUAGGAUAAAUGUCCGAAUGAAUUUACAGGAAGGGUCAAAUGAUGAUUUUGCACUUGAAGGAAUUGGUUUGGGAUCCUCAGGUGCUAUUAAGCUGGGGCUAGGAGACUUCAUAUUCUACAGUGUAUUAGUUGCCAGGGCUGCGAUGUAUGAUUUCAUGACAGUUUAUGCCUGCUAUCUUGCUAUUAUAGCUGAUCUUGGGAUCACUCUGAUGCUUCUUGCAUUUUAUCAGAAAGCUUUGCCUGCUCUUCCUGUGUCCGUUUUGCUAGG